AUGGAACUGAAAAAGUUUUUAUUAAUAUUAUUAUUUAUUAUUACGAUUAAAUGUAUUGAAUCGAAAAAAUCACUACGAACGUUUGUGGUAUCACAAGAUAAACCACCUAAACCAAAACCAUUAACGGAUUUUACUGCCUAUGAUUCAAGAGAAAAAAAUCGUUGGUAUUUAAUACGAACUACUUCGACUGAUCUUGAUACGAUUGUAAUUAUUGAUUAUCGUGCUAAAAAAAUAAUAGCAAAUGUUGAAGGUGAAUGGGUGAAUAAUAUAUUUAAUGUUACUUUUUCAAUAUAUGAUGAUACAUUAGAUAAAUGGAUAGAUGGAGUUAUGAUACGUAAAUCGAAAUUAUUUUCAGCAAAAUAUGAAAUUCAAUGGAAUAAUGAACGUUUAUAUAUAAAACCUAGUGCAUUUAGAAAAACUAUGAAAAUAUAUAAGGAAACAUCUAAUGAACUAUACGCUCAGUUUCGUUAUCGUUCUAUAUGGCGUACGUGGUCAAAAUAUAAAUAUGAUUUACAAAUUUAUACGACGAAACUACCUGAUGCUCUUUAUCUUAUGAUAAUGACUGUCAUGCAUCAUACAACGCAAUUAAAUAAUGUUUAA